GCUUGUUGUGAAGUUGUCAGCCGUGUGUGAUCGGUUCGGAAGAGAAAAGCUGCUGGAAACGCUGUUUUAGGGAUUUAUGAACCGGUUUCCGGUAGUUUUAACGUUUCCACGGGACGGUACCGUGUGAAACUGGUUGUCUUUAAUCUCGAGGCUGCAGGUAGCUGCUGCUGCUGAUGGAGAAGGUGUUUCGCUGUCCGGGUCGCCAUGGCUACGCCGUGGAAGUGUCUCCGUUCAUUGCCAACAGAGUGGCCUGCGCCUCCUCGCAGUACUACGGCAUAGCUGGCUGUGGCACUCUCCUGGUCCUGGAUGAGACGGAGACAGGGGUUGCUUUGGUGAGAAGCUGGGAGUGGGGCGACGGCCUGUUCGACGUAGCUUGGAGCGAAGCCAACGAGCACAUCGUGGUUGCCGGGGGCGGGGACGGCAGCCUGCAGCUGUGGGACACAGCCAAUCACAGCGCUCCGCUGAGAGUGGCCAAAGAACACACACAAGAGGUGUAUUCUGUAGACUGGAGUCAGACCAGAGGAGAGAACCUCAUCGUCUCUGGAUCGUGGGAUCAAACUGCUAAAGUGUGGGACCCCGCUCUCAGCCAAUCACUGACCACGCUCAGUGGUCACGAAGGGGUCAUCUACAGCACCGUUUGGUCGCCUCACAUCCCAGGAUGCUUUGCGUCAGCGUCAGGUGACGGGACGCUCCGAGUUUGGGAUGUGAAAAGCGCCGCGUGUCGAUUGGCCAUCCCAGCGCACAAGGCUGAGAUCCUUAGCUGUGAUUGGUGCAAAUAUGACCAGAACGUCGUGGCCACGGGCUCGGUGGACUGCAGCGUGUGUGUGUGGGACCUGAGGAACGUCCGACAGCCUGUCAAUCAGCUGCUGGGACACACCUACGCCAUCCGCAGAGUCAAGUUUUCUCCGUUCAGUAAGACGAUGUUGGCGUCCUGCUCGUACGACUUUACUGUCAGGUUCUGGGACUACAGCAGGAACCAGCCUCUCCUGGACACCGUGGAACAUCACUCAGAGUUUGUCUGUGGACUAGACUUCAACCUGCACAUCCCCAACCAGGUGGUGGACUGUUCCUGGGAUGAGAUGGUGAAGAUCUACACGCCUGCCUGUCUGUCUGCUGGAACUCACAGCACAGCACCGUAGAACAAGUACUACCACACUUCUGAGGACGUGUCUGAGGGAGUCACAAAACACAAAGGAACUAGUUUAAACUGACAUCAACCACAUUGAACAUAUCGGCCAAAACAGGGGAAUUACAACUUCUGUGUCCGUCAUGUGAUGCCCUCCAAAACUACUUUCUCCCAUGGACAUACAUGGCGAAAGAGACAUCUUUAAAUCAGUGGAUACAUUUUUUGAGUAUCGCAACAACGGACUGUAAACAAAGAACAAUGAUGAGUCUUCACUUCCUCCCACAUGUGAAGACAAAAUCUCCCAGAUAUGGGUGCUGCUAAGUUGUAAUUUUGGAGCUAGAGUCUGCACAGUAGUUACCGGGCGUUGGAGCUACGGUAUCGAAGUCCCGCCCACACACCCGCCCUACCAAUCUACAGUCAAACCCAGCUGUCAAUCAUGACAUUUCAGCCCGUUUGUAUAGCAUCAAAUAUAUAAAUAAAAACCAAACUGCUCAGCAAAAUUAACAAUUUGCAUGAUCAGAACUACCUAAAAUGACAGAAACCGUCUUUAUUUGACAUGUACUUUGAUUUUUUGAUUUUUUUUUGUCAGGACCUGUAGCUCGCCAUCUGGAAGUCCCCACAAAGUGUUAUAAAUAUACACACACACACACACAUACACACGGACACACACACACACACACACACAUUAUCAGCACACAGCAGGCUUUGGGAAAAAUCCACCGAGAUUCCCAAACUGAUUCAGUUUUAUAAUUAACAAGAUGUGUUAACUUUUCCCGUAAUGAAUUAUGUAAAUCAAGAUGCUUUACAGUUGGUGUGAUCCAUAAUAUCCAUGUCAAUAUCUGCUUCCUCUUUAUCUAUCUCACUGAUUUCCUGUUUAACCGGAGAAAAGAAAUGUCAACUGUGACUAAUUUCACUACUGAAAUGUCAUCAGUGUUAUUAUGGUGUGUUCAGUGCCUUUUAAUAAAGUAGCGAAUACCACAUGAAAA